AGUUGUUGCAGUGACAACAUCCUGGACAUAAGAGGCUGGCGGUGCCCAUGGCUACUGGAAAAAGGGAGGUUUAGGCGAGCUUGGAUUCAACAGGAGGACUUAAAGAUAGAGAAUUGCUAUGGAAAUCCUUGUCUUUAUGGACACGUUCUUGGCUUGAUGUCCAAUGGCGGCGAUUUAACCCGCGGCACCGAUGAGGCGAUGCAGCAGCGGUUAGAUAGAUGAUCGGUCCGCUCCACGGCGUUAGCUAGUUCAGAUGCCUUUACAGAAAAAGGCGCAGCAUUCAAUGCAGGUCGGGCUGUCUGCGAGACUUGUUCUGCAGAUUAUGCGCGCAGUCGAGUUGGUAAACGUCCAGUGGCUUUGAUGCGACUAUUUCAACUCUAAUAAAUACGUAGGGUUAAGCUAGUCGGUGUAGGUGGUAAUCUUGCUAUUUGGAGAAGGUGGCGCGGCAGGCCUGUUUUACACAGACCCGUUAUAACCGAUAGAUAGAAGUUAUAUUCCACUGUAUGUGCAUAACGAGACUGAGACGGAAAUAUUUAAUAUAAAAGUCUUAGGAGAGCUGCUUUCGAUGUGCGUCUAGGUUAAACACUGCCACCGAUGUAACUGUUCAGCGACAGCAGCUUCAUCUGUACUAAAUGGUAUAGCUAGGGUAAUAUUUCUAAUAUAUUUACUGUUUUUCCCUGUAAAAAACGUCUGAAUGUGUGAGAAAUUUCAAUGAAACAUGCCCAGCUUGCGGUGAGGAAUCGCACGCCUGGCGUUAUUUUCAAAGCGCUGCUAGCUAAUGUUAGCUAGCUGCCCAGCUAAUGCAUCGCCCUCUCCACCAGAGCGAGUUUACAGUCGGGGAGACGCUUGGAGCACCACCGAGGACGAGGACGAGGACCAUGGACAGGAAUGAUUCUGGAUUCGCACGACCAAAAUGAUGCAGAUUUUCUGAUGGACAAGACAUUCUUCCUGUACUGGAACUAAACACAGAUUGGCAGUUGGGCGCACAUUUGCUGCAAUGAGAUAAGAGUGGCCUGCAUGAGACAACCUUGACGUUUGUCCCUCCAUAUUCCAUUUUAAUAUAAAAAUAUGACAACGCCGGCUCUUCUGCCUCUCUCGGGACGUAGGAUACCCACUCUGUCUCCAGGUGCCUCGUCGUUCCCCCACCACAGAGCAACCUUGCGGCUCUCUGAGAAGUUUAUCCUCCUCCUCAUCCUCAGUGCCUUCAUCACCCUUUGCUUUGGAGCGUUUUUCUUUCUUCCAGACAAUUCCAAACACAAGCGAUUUGACUUGGGUUUGGAGGACGUUUUGAUACCGCACAUCGAGCCAGGGAAGGAGGGAAGACAUAGUGGUGGCCAGGUCAUACAUGGCCAAGGAGGACAUGAUGAGCAUCGACACAGGGAAGAGGAGGAGAGCCUACGGGAUAAGAUCCGGGCAGAUCAUGAGCGGGCAUUGCAGGAGGCCAAGGAGAAACUUCGCAAGUCCAAAGAGGAGCUGAGGGCAGAGAUCCAGACAGAAAAGACCAAGGUGGCAGAGGACCUGAAAAAGAAAGAUGGACCCAAGCCUCUGCCUCCAGUGCCCAUGCCCAAACUGGUGGGGAUCAAUGAUGGAGAUCCUGGAGACCCUGAUGUGAAAGAAAAGAGAGACAAAAUCCGAGAGAUGAUGAAGCAUGCGUGGGACAGCUACAGGCAGUAUGGCUGGGGACACAACGAGCUCAAGCCCAUCGCUAAGAAAGGACAUUCCACGAAUAUCUUUGGUAAUUCCCAAAUGGGGGCCACGAUAGUAGAUGCCUUGGACACUCUUUACAUAAUGGGACUGCAUGAUGAAUUUAAAGAUGGUCAAGAGUGGAUUGAGCAGAACCUGGACUUCAGUGUGAAUGCAGAAGUGUCCGUCUUUGAGGUCAAUAUCCGCUUCAUUGGAGGACUGCUGGCUGCUUACUACCUCUCCGGACAAGAAGUUUUUAAGGUGAAGGCUGUCCAGCUGGCCGAGAAGCUGCUUCCUGCCUUCAACACCCCCACAGGCAUCCCCUGGGCCAUGGUCAACCUCAAGAGUGGCGUAGGCCAUAACUGGGGCUGGGCAUCAGCUGGUAGCAGCAUCCUGGCUGAAUUUGGAACCCUACACAUGGAGUUUGUGCAUCUGACUUAUCUCACUGGAAAUCCUGCCUACUAUCAAAAGGUGAUGCACAUCCGCAAGCUACUGGCUAAGAUGGACAGACCCAAUGGACUCUACCCAAACUACUUGAAUCCUCGCACAGGCCGCUGGGGCCAACAUCACACAUCGGUGGGCGGCCUGGGGGACAGUUUCUAUGAAUACCUGUUGAAGGCCUGGCUCAUGUCUGAUAAAACCGACACAGAGGCUCGCAAGACCUACGAUGAUGCGAUCGAAGCUAUAGAGCGCCACCUCAUCCGCAAGUCCAACGGAGGCCUCACCUUCAUAGGGGAAUGGAAGAAUGGGCACUUGGAGCGCAAGAUGGGUCACCUGACCUGUUUUGCUGGGGGCAUGUUCGCCUUGGGGGCUGAUGGUUCGCCGGAUGAUAAAGCUGGACAUUACUUGCAACUGGGAGCAGAGAUCGCACACACUUGCCAUGAGAGCUACGACCGUACAGUUCUGAAGCUGGGUCCAGAGGCCUUCAAGUUUGACAGCGGGCUGGAGGCGGUUGCCGUGAGGCAGAAUGAGAAGUAUUACAUCCUGAGACCGGAGGUCAUUGAGACUUACUGGUACAUGUGGAGAUUUACCCACGACCCCAAGUACAGGCAGUGGGGCUGGGAGGCAGCUCAGGCUAUAGAUAAGUAUUGCCGAGUCAGCGGGGGUUUCUCUGGGGUUAAAGAUGUCUACUCCUCCAACCCCACCUAUGAUGACGUCCAGCAGAGCUUCUUCCUGGCUGAGACUCUCAAGUACCUGUAUUUGCUGUUUUCCAGCGAUGAGCUGCUGCCUCUGGAAAACUGGGUGUUCAACACGGAAGCCCACCCCCUGCCUGUCCUGCACCUGGGCAACCUCACCCUGCCUGGCAGCCAGGAUCAGCGAUAGAGGAGCCCCACUGGGCGGCGCUCUCCCCCCCUUUGCCCUACCCCCAGUCUCUUUGUAGCCUUCUCUGCCUCUAAUAGACUGCAGGAGCCUGCGCUGAGGAGGCUGGGGGCUUUACUCACUUGACCACUGUCUCCUCCUGAAUUCUGGGUUGUGACUGCCAAGCGGAGGGGACCAGGACAAACUUUCUCACUCCAGUUACUCAUCUAUAUCACUCGCUCGUUCUUUUUCUUCCUUUCUGAUGUGCCGCCAAUCAGGAACAGACAGCUCAUGCGGCUCAGCCUUUGGCUGUGUGGCUCUCCCUCAACGUAGGCGGAACCUAUCAGGACACCCUAGCCCAACAAACAAAGCAGAAUCAGUUGAACAAACUUGGGAAAGAUUACUUUUCUCCAUGAAGAAGAACAAGGAUUUUACAGGGCUUAAUCGUAUCAGUUUCUUGUUUUAAAUUGGCAGAUCUUGUGGCGUCCACUCAUUGCUUAAUCACUGCAGCAGAACAAAAAGGCUCUCCUGCCAGACUUUCCAUUGACUCUCUGUUUAAACUCUGACCUGGACCUGGAGCUCUGGGAGGCAGCAGCUGGUGGAUUGGAUAUGACCUGUGAAAUCCAUUCCACUCUCUUAGGGAGAAUACAAGCCAGAGGCACAUUCGAGAUGUUUGUGGCUUCUCUCAUAAUGAUAACAGUGUGUGAGCGUGUGCAACCUUCGUCCCCCACUCUUCAGUCUGCUGUUAGUCUCCAAUACACUGUGGCACCUCAGUCAAAUUCUUGUGCCCUCAGUGUUUCAUGAUUAAUUGAUGAAAUAACUGUCUGGUUAUUUGCAAACGUUUGCUGCUGUUGAUCAGAUGCUGCUUGCAAAACUAUCAUCAUCUUCAUUCCAAAAACCUUCAUUCCGGAUGUUCCAUUCUCCACCCAUGUGUUUUUUUUUCCUCACUCUGUUCUACCCAUUCAGUAAAUUAGACGAACAUUUUGUCUGCAUCUAGUCAGCUACUCGGCUCUUUUCACAUAAAGGGUUGUGUGCUCUGGCUCCUAUCCAUGCUGCUCUGUACACCGAGAUGGACACCUUGACUGGAUUAGUAUUUGGUUUGCCUCACUGUUAUUCAUAAUGCAGUCUGUUCGUUAAGGUUACUGUUCUAGAGAAAGGCCACAGCUCUUUCCCUGUUUUCCUCAGCCAUUGUUGGCUCCAUGCUUAAAAGGUAUUGCUCUAUUGUUUGGCUGAAUUUGACCACUAAAUGUAGUCAACAUGAGUCCAGAAAGAGUGAGUAUGUCAUCUUUAAUCUACAAGGAAUCUUGGGUAAAAUUCAAUCAUGUUUUCUAAUGAUGCACACAGAGAUUAUGCUGACUUGUCCAUGGCAAAACUGCAUUAACAUUUUUGUACUGUUUUUGUGCCAUCCUUGGACUAUGAAGCAAAUAUAGAUUCUUUUGCAAGUUUUGAAAGCUUUUGACCACCUAUUUUCAUUCCAGUCAUUAGAUCGGGAUCCUUUUUAUGGUGCGAAUUGAUAUCGUUCAAGCCCCAGUCAUUAGCUUCAUUUAAAUGGACAUAUUUGUCCACUGCAUGCUACACUGUCUGCCUUUGAGCAGAGGAGCAUCUGCAGAUGUUGCGAGGGGUUUAGGCAGAAGCUUUAAGUGAGAAGAGACUGAAAGUGGGCCACCGCUGCUGUACUUUGUAUAAGUCCAAUGCCCAGUGACCUUUUAGAGAGAGAAAGGUGAUGACUUUCUAUCUUCGGUCUUUGUAAAGAACCUAAGGUUGUCAGAAAAGCUACUUUCUUGCAAGUGUGCUGGAGACGGUAAGCAGUGUUUAUAGUGCACCAUGUGAUGUCUUGGUCAGGACAUUGCGAGUGACGCUGGCCGUCUGAAGGAACUCCUAUUUUUGUCUCUCCUGUAUUUAACCUCUCCUUUCCCUCUCUGCUUUUUGCUUUUCUAGUCCUAUCACUCCAUACCUGUUUACCAGAAGAGGUGUCUUGUAUUUACCACUCCUCCAGAUGGCAGUAGCAGCAGCCUACUGAUGCUUUGUAUGUGUAUGUUCUCAUCUCUCUCUCUCUCUCUCUCCCUCUCUCUCCCCCUCUCUCUCUCCCCCGCUUUCUCUGCUAACAUCGCUUUGAUAUCACCCUCUUCUUGCGGUGGGAGAAGCCCAAGCCAACAUAACCACUGUUGUUGCUGGGUGGAUUUUGAGAAGCUGUGUUCUGUAUUUGUAUUUUUACUGAACAAAAAGAAUAACUGUAAAUAUGUUUAAAAAUGUGACACUGAUUCAAUAAAGAUGUUACGAAAAAGUGAACUGAAAUAACACUAAA